GGUUGAAGAUCGUUUCUUCCGAGGCCUUCGACAUUGAACGGAAGAACAUCUAGUGGUGGGCUUGAAGAUCCGUGUAAACCUGUCAUCAAAUUUAAUAUUCAUUGUUUAUUGGAAUGACUGCCUAAUGGUGAAUUGCAAUAAAUGAAAAUGAAGAAGACUAAUAUAUCGAACUUACUGCAAUCAAUUUCUCUCCUUGCUACUCUGAGAGUAGUGGUCAAUGGUCAAACAACCUGUAAUGGUGGUUUAGGUCGAGUCGUUUAUGAGAGACUUCCGGAUCAGCAGCUUCAGGGUUUCGACGACGAUGUGGUGAGAGACUCGGCACCACCCUUUAGAGUUUUAGAAAAAUGUCAGGAACUAUGUCUACGAGACAGAACGGCGACGAACAACCUGGUUCGUGCCUGUACCAGCUUCGAUUUUCAACCUGGAAGCAGAAUAGCGUCUUUCAGUGGAGCUGCAGAAUACGAGGAGAGUACUUGUUAUUUAACAAGGGAGCAGGCUCAACCAGAAGGUAUCGGGAAUCUGAUGUUGGUACCAAACAGCGUUCAUUUCACGGAAGUUUGUCUCGGUUCUGACAGGAUAGAAAGGGAAUGUCCCAAUAGGCGUUAUGUGUUUGAGAGACAUCCAAGGAAGAAAUUAAAGCUACCAUUGACGGAUAUUAAAGAAGUUAGCGCAGCAAAUAGGACGGACUGCGAGGACAGAUGUCUAAACGAAUUCAGCUUUAUUUGUCGAUCUGCAACCUAUGAUACUGCGUUGAGGAGCUGUGCUUUGAGUCGUUUCACUAGAAGAACUCAUCCUGAACUACUGGAAGACGAUCCGAACUCUGAUUACUUGGAAAAUACUUGUCUGAAUGCUGAACGUCGUUGCGACGGAUUAACGGUGUUCGUUAAAGAGGAGAACAAGCGUCUCCGGGGACCAUUUGAAGUCGAUAUUUACACGAAUCUUACUCUGGAUGAAUGUCAAGCACUUUGUCUGAGAGCGGAGAAAUACUUUUGCAGGAGCGUUGAAUUCGACGAACAAACGCGGCAAUGUAUCAUCUCAGAAGAGGACUCUGUUUCUCAAAAAGACGACAUAGGAAUCAGUAGCAGUCCCAGUCAUCAUUUUUAUGAUUUAGUUUGCUUGGACAAUCAUCCGUCCAUAGCACGUGGCUCCGAAUACCCGGACAGCAGCUCCUCGUCGCACCUUUUCUCCGAUGGACGUCGUCCUGACACCGCGUUUCAACGUUAUCGAAACUCCCGUUUAAGCGGGGAAUUUCAUUCGGAAAUCACCGGCCGAAGCUUGAGCGAAUGCCUUGACGAGUGUCUUCGACAGACAAGCUUUCAAUGCCGGAGCGCUGUCUAUUCUGAACAUUAUCACACAUGUCGAUUGAGCCGAUUCAAUCAACGCGAUGGCCACAGGAUCAUCUACGAUGCAGAUUACGAUUACUACGAGAACCUCAUGCAUCAAUAUUUGGAUGGAGACAGAGAUAACCCAGGAUACAGACCAGAUCCUCUGGGACAGGACACCAAUUUUGGUCGGCCAUCCCUAGGAAGACCUGGAUAUCCAGAUGAUUACGACAAAGGAUACAGCAGUAGCGUUAAACCGGAUCGUUAUCCAGACCGUCACCCAGAUCGUCACCCGGACCGUUAUCCAGAUCGCUAUCCUGAUAGAUAUCCAGACCGAUACCCGGAUAAAUAUCCAGCAGACCGUUAUCCAGCAGAUAGAUAUCCAGACAAAUAUCCAGAUCGUUAUCCAGCAGAUAGAUAUCCAGACAAAUACCCAGAUCGUUAUCCAGCAGAUAGAUAUCCAGACAAGUAUCCAGAUCGUUAUCCAACAGACAGAUAUCCAGACAAAUACCCAGAUCGUUAUCCAGCAGAUAGAUAUCCAGACAAGUAUCCAGAUCGUUAUCCAGCAGAUAGAUAUCCAGACAAGUAUCCAGAUCGUUAUCCAGCAGAUAGAUAUCCAGAUAAGUAUCCAGACAAAUAUCCAGAUAAGUAUCCAGACAGAUAUCACAUAAGCGGACAAUAUCCAAUCGCAGGAGGGGCAGAUACUUUCCCUGAACCUAUAGACCGAUAUCCUAUUAGUGAUCGUUAUCCAAUUGCUGACAGAUAUCCAAGUUCAGACAGAUAUCCAAUUGCUGACCGUUUCCCUGUUAGAGGUGGCGAUCGUCGUCCUAUUCAACCUGAUCGGUAUCCCAUUCCUGACCCCGCGGUAGACAGGUAUCCCACAAACACUCGUUAUCCUACGGCCGUUGGUGGUCGGUACCCAAUAUCUCCAAGUCGUUAUCCCAACGACGCCGAUCGAUACCCUAAUGCCAUUGACCGGUAUCCUAUUUCCGAUGAUCCUUUGGAGAGAUAUCCUUCCGGCGCAGGGGGUGUUAGACCUCACGUCGACCGGUAUCCCAUCAGCGAAAGGUAUCCGGAGAAGGAUCUUUAUCCCAGUCGCUAUCCCCCAUCGUCUCACGGUGGUAGUUAUCCAGCAAACUACCCCGCGGACGACGUCUAUGGUCCCCAGCCUCAUCCGGACCGCAACCACUAUGGAGUAGCAGGACCAACGCGACCCUUAGGUUACGGUGGUUACAGUAACGAUGGUGGAAUAAUCGGUGGGGGUUACAUAGGCGAAGGUGGAGUCUACAAUUCCCGACCUUUCGGAACCAGUGGUGGACCCAUCAUCGGUCGACCACCUCUGGUCUCCAGAUGCGACGAACAGGACAACUUCCGACAAGUUGGACCUCACACCAGAGUACGGAAACCAUUCGUCAGACGAUACACAACAGCUUCGUCGUUGGCCCAGUGCGAGAGGGAGUGCGCUGACGCUAGGGACUUCGUCUGCAGGUCGUUCAACUAUCGUCCGUACGCUGCUCCUUACGGGGCUGAAAGGGACAAUUGCGAGUUGAGUGACCGUGAUUCCAGGGACAUGGACAUGGGCAACCCUGUGUACUAUGAUACUGGGUCUGACUAUGAUUUCUAUGAACGGAACAACGGCAGACAAGGAGCCGACGCGGAGUGUCUCGACGUGAGUCAAGUCUGUAGCGAAGACGGAAUGGAAUUUACUUUAAGGACACCGGAAGGAUUCAUUGGCCGGAUUUACACGUACGGCUAUUACGAUCGAUGCUUCUUCCGUGGAAACGGAGGAACGGUAAACGUGCUUCGAAUCAGUGGUCCUCAGGGUUAUCCUGAAUGCGGCACUCAAAGAUAUGGUGAUACGAUGACGAACAUCGUGGUGGUACAGUUCUCCGACUACGUGCAAACAGGAAGAGACAAACGCUUCAAUCUGACCUGUCUGUUUCGAGGCCCUGGCGAAGCUGUCGUCACAUCCGGCUACAUCGGUGCCGGGUAUGCCAGAUCAGGGUCUCCAAUCCCCAUCGAAUAUCUACCAGCAGAAAACACCCUAAGCUCCAGAGUACGUUUGCUGAUCCUCUAUCAGGGUAGACCUACAACAACCAUUGCUGUUGGUGAUCCACUUACUUUUAGGCUUGAAGCUCAGGAUGGAUACAAUUAUGUGACUGAUAUUUUUGCCACCAACGUCAUAGCCAGAGAUCCUUAUUCCGGAAGAAGUGUCCAACUUAUAGACAGAUAUGGAUGCCCGGUAGACAAUUACGUGUUUCCGGGACUGGAUCGUCUACGCGACGGAGACAGCCUGGAGGCACGAUUCAACGCUUUCAAAAUCCCCGAAUCUAAUUUCUUAGUGUUCGAAGCGACGGUGAGAACCUGUCGAGACGGUUGUCAGCCAGCGUAUUGCUCAGGUGGUACCGGAAGAAGCGAACCGUCCUUUGGAAGAAGACGAAGAGACGUGUCUCAGAAUGACACGAUUGCUGAAGAAAAUGAAAUAAGCACGAUAACAGAGGCUAUUGGUAAUGACACGUCCACGGUAGCUAAUUCCACCGUCGUUGAAGAAGAUAACAACGAAGAGGAGGAGGAGGAGGAGGAGGAAGAGGAAGAGGAGGAAGAAGAACACGUGAGAGAAAUGAUCGAGGUACUUGACUCAAGAAUGGACAUCGACGAAGAAACGAUGGUCGAAAGGCAAACUACCAUUAUGGAGAACGUUUGCAUAACACCGAAUGAGUAUUACGGACUUGUAACAGCAGUGGCAGUACUCGUGGUGCUCCUUGCUUCCGUGGUAUUGUUAUCGAUGCUGAUCUACAGGAAAUACGCUUACUCAGUGAUCACGAAGAAUCGUAGAGUUGAUAAAGCAUGCAAUCGCAGCAGUCAUUCGGACGAUGCUUACAGCAGUCGAGCGAAUAAUUUCUCCUUCUUAAGAACUGGGCUUCAAAAACCAUUUCAAUCUACAUCAAUUUCCCGAUCGAUGAGCAAUGUGAUUAACCAACGCGUGAGUUCCUCGUCCACCGCUCUGGAAGGUGCUGUAGGUUUAUCAUCCAGCAGAAGAACCGGCUUCGAUCCAAGUGAACCAAUUUAUACUGAUCCAUCAUUAUUUGAGGUUGCUCAUUGUUCAUCGCCGAAACCCGUGCUUGAUGAUAAUUUCCGUCUCAUGUGAAGAACAAUGAGAAUCCUGGAAACAUACAAAAAGAAAUAUAUAAAAAUCGACUGAUUUUCAUGGCAAUAUUAAAGUUUCAUUUCAGGCAUCUUUCAGGUAACGUUCGAUCUCAUAGGUACUUUACAUCUUUUUUUCUAUUAAUAUUUGCAUACUUAGAAGCUUCAUCUUCUGUUUGUUCUUUUCCUUCAAUAAUUGCUAGUCAAGUUCUCUGACCACUGCCAGCUACAACUGCCAUGACAAUUGAUCAUUGAAAUUUUAUUUGAUAAUAAUACCAACAAUUUUGUUUAUAACUAAUGGUUUAUUAAUGUCGCAUAAUAUUUCGUAUUUACAAGGUCUACUUUUAUUCUUUAAAAGCUUGCAAGUUACAAUGGGAUCAAAUGAAACUCUAUUAAUUCGUCGCUGUGUCGACAAAAUCAGAGAGAUCCAAUUGCAACGGGUUGAUGUUCUUGAAACUGUGUAUUCCUUUUAUUUCUAAGCAAUCACAAUGAAAAAAGAAUACUUUCUAUGUCCGUAGAAGGCAAAAUAUAAAAUACCUAGGAGAAUCAGAACGAAUUCAGUCUCUCCGUUCGCGUUUUGAAUCUAUCAUUAGCAAGUAUCGUAAAUAGUUAGCAUUACGAGUUUUUAUUUAUUACGGUUUCGUUUGAAUUGUAGGUAGGGAGAAUGAUUAAUAAACGGAUAGAACAGAAAGUA